AUGACAGAUACAAAUGGUAGCAACGCACUAGCGACAACCACUGCGGCACUGAUUGUGUCUCCGGAGAAGUUUCAUAUUGUGCCGUAUGUCAAGGAGGAGUUUGUGGUGCAGCUCACUAACGUCUCGUUUGAAACGGUGCUGUUCCGCAUGCUCACGACAAACCCCCUGCGGUACUCGGUGACGCCGACAAAGGGGGUGAUCAAGCCAAAUGCGUCCAUCCGGGUCACGGUGAUGCUCAACCGCAGCCGGCUGGAGGAGGAGGAAGAAGCUCUUGGCGGCUUCGACGACUUCCGCGUCCAGUACUGCGUGAUUGGGCCGAACGAUGUCAUCGAGCCCAGCUGUGCGAACGUGCCGGACAUCAUCAAGGCGCGGAAGCUGGUGGACAAGAAUCAAGUGCACACGAAGAAAUUUCGCUGCAUGCUCGACGAGUCCCCCAAGGCCCCGAACAAGCCAAGCAGCGCGGAGCGCACCGACACCUCCCCGCUGGCGUCGGUCCCUACUGAGGGAACCGCGAUUUCUCCAAAACCCGCGGAAACUUUGAGUCCCCUCGUCCCUGCAGCCAAGACGCACCUCCGGGAACUGGAGGUGAGCACAUUGGCGGAGAAGAACCGGCGGGAACUGGCGCAAAAGCAGAAUUCGCUGAAAAAGAAGAUCCUGUUAGCACUGCUGGUGGCGCUGGCGGCGGUGCUCUUGGGGACGUGGGUUAUGUCCACGUAG